AUGGCAGUCCAGUCGGGCUGGAGCCCACAGUUUCAGAGCUACUCUGGGCUCCAACAGGCGCAUCAAUUCGACAUAAUCGAGCAGCUGAUUCACAAUAGACUGAACCCGCUGAGCUACAGCAAUAUCGACAAUCAAUUCAGUCGUGAAUUUUUGAUAAAAAUUCAUGAGCAGGUCGGAUUGAACUCCUUCUGGGCGAUGUUAUGCAACGGCAAUCAGCAGCAAUGCUGCGUUAUCGACAGGCUAUCCAUUUCGGGAGGACAGCCGGAGAGCAUUCUUACGAAAUUUCUUCAUGCCGGGGUCGAAUACGUCUUCGCAAAACUAUACUCACCCGAGGCGUCGCAAACCCAAAGCCCCCACGAAAUCCUCAAGUCCAGCGAGUGCCCUUACUCGACCCGCCAGGGCAACAAAGUCUGUAUCAAUCCUUCACAUUUUUGUCGAGCUUUCCAAACUUCUACAUUCAACCCGCGAAAUCAGAACACGACGAAUUUGAGCGACAUGAUCCUCAACCGUAACGAAUCUGCUGACGUGGACCUUUUCCAGCUCAACCUCAUGCUCGAGCCGACGGAUUCCGAGCUCCAAAUCGACGAGACAAUGUCCAACGCUCCUAGCGAAUAUGCAUUCCGAAACCAGCUCAACUCCGCGUCUAGCAAUCCCGGGCCAGUCCUCUCUCCGACCUCUCCACACAGUUCUUUCGUCAAGGGUUUCUUCAGUCUCUCGUUAACUUAA